AAUCGUUUAUCGGGUUACGGUAACCCUGUUUCAUGGCACUCGCGUAACGUCAAUUAUGUGAUUUACUUUCUGGUAAAAUAUCGACCCUCGCGAAAGGUGUAUACUCUCGUCGCGGUGUGGUUAAGAACGGUUAAAAGAGGUGGUGACACGCGUGUUCGAUAGUGGUAGUGUUUUCUAACCAAACUUGCGGCAACCAGCGACCAAGUGCACGACAAUUCGAAAAUGAGGUUUUUUACUGUACUGACAAUUGCGUCCUUGGUGAACGCUCACAGCGAGCCUUGUCUCGAGUACGGAUGUCCAGGACGACCACAGUACGAACCUUUUGUGCCCGCACCUCCGGGGCAUACGCCAAAUUGCGCAAAGCCGGGACAAACGUUCUGUGAAAGUCUCGAUCAUUAUCCCCGACAGUUGAUCAAAUUUCUUGUGGACAAAUGCAGCUUCGACUUCAGCUCUGUGUUGAAAGAUGAAUCCAAAGAUGAUUUUAGCGUUUACAGGUCGAUCCCGGAUUACUCCGAGGGUUAUGAUUACCCGGCGCAGGGGGAGGGCCAGUUCCACUCGUUACCGUUCCUGCCGCCGGCUCAGUAUCCCGUUCGAGGGCAGCCGGCGCUCAUUUACGGAUCCCCGUCGAACGACACUCAACAGAAUGGAUACAGAUACACCACACCCACCCAGAGGAAUCCAUUUCUGGCCGAGGGGACGACGCCGCCUGUCAAGUACCAUUCUACGGGACAACGAACUACGCCUGAUCGCCCCUUUUAUCCUGAAACGCCACAGUCCUUGAACUCGUUCGGACAGGGUCAAACAUGGUGGGCGAACAGGUACACGCGAAACAGUAAAAUUACACCACGUACGACGUACGAGAAUCCGCUGUUAAGAUACAGUAAAUUGAACAAGAAUCGUAAGAGGAGGCAGUCCAAUCUCGAUACUAUUUCUUUGUGUCCAACGGAGCCGCAGUACAUUACACCAAGAGCAGCUUUGAACAACCAAGGAAACUGGAUGUACGUGGUGAACAUUCAGGAACAGAAUCAAAAGUAUUCCCAAGUUGUAAAGAGCGAGAGAUGCACAACAAAUGCGUGCAACGGCAUCUGCUCCGUUCCUGCAGGCUACACCAGCAGAUGUCAGCAGCAGUACGUACAGAAGAGAUUAGUAGCGCUGGAAGGAAGCGGAAACCAGCUGUACACUGACGUGUUUUGGUUCCCGCACGGCUGCUCCUGUCAGAUUAUGGUGAAUUAUUGAAAGAACGGGCCAAAUGAGUCGUAAAACCGAGGGAAAAUUUCACAAGAGAGCAAACUCAAGUUGAAUUUAUUUAUCGACGAAUGACACAGUAUUACGAAGCCCUCGCGAUGGAUUUUUGGAGGCAAAUCAUGGUGACACACUUUGAAAUGGAAAACAGGAAGAGAUACGGGACACCGUGGCAUUUAAUCGAAGAGAUUCGUGAAAGAAAAGUUCCUUAAAUUUGCU